CCUGAAAUCAGCUUUGUGAUGGGGGUUGUAGUUACUCCAUUCCCAUACUAACAAAGGGGGUCAUGUUAUUGGUAGAUUUGGCCAGCGCAAGCGAUGGAAAUUAGGAGGUCUUCGCGCGGUGGCAACGUGUCAGAUCGGACUUACCAGCGGACCUACAAGGCGUGCAUUCCCUGUCGCGCACGCAAGGCAAAAUGCGAUCUGGGUGAGCUCCCGGAUGGGUCUCCAAUAGGGCCCCCCUGUGCGAAGUGUCGAAGAGAGCAUAGGCAAUGUGUGUUUAGUGAGAAUAGGGCUUGGGAACGGAAGAAAAAAAGACAAUCUCGGGAAGAUUUCACCUCCCCGCCGAGAACACGCCUGAGGCUGUCGACUAAUACCUCGAGACACAACGGUCAGGAUGGCCAGCAAUCACAAGUUCGCGAUUCGCUGCCAGCAAAUGACUAUGGGGAGCGCGACGAAGGCAACGCAGGGUUGCACCAAUUGCAUUCUUCAGAAGGUCGUCAAACACGCCACCAGUCGACCUCUACAUUGGAUAAUUCGAUGAUGCGCACCGUGGUAUCUAGUGGAAACGAUGCUCUUAAUAUCCUUUUCGAAGCGGCCGCUGCCCAUAGCCAAGAGGCGGGAUUGAAUGGAUCUGAGUCGCGGCCGAGGAGCACCCAAAACAAUAUCAUCUGCGAUGGAAGCAAUGAGAGUUCUCUGGGCCAAAUGCACUCCGUUGUUUCUCCCGAAGUUCUUGCAAAGGCAUCGCGACCAGUGCAACUUUCUUAUGCAGCGAAGGAGGUUCUCAGUAUCUGGAAUGCUUGUCGGUUCGUGAAGAUGGGCUGGUUUACCUCGAGGGAAGCUGUUACUUUGAUUGACCUCUUUUUCAAGAACAUGUCUCCGUUAUCACCGAUAUUAACCAACUUUUAUGCAGACCAUCGGAACCAUCGAGAACUUGUCACUUGUGAUCCUGCUUUGUGUUGUACAAUCUUGAUGUUAUCAUCACGCUAUCAUGUCUUGCCUGGCCCCGGUGGCGAGUCAAGAAAUUUCUUCAUCCACAAUCGACUUUGGCAACAUUGCCAGCAGUUAGUAAUGCGGCUUACGUUUGGACAGGAGAGAGCAUUGAACUCAAAGCUUCGAAGUAUUGGGACGAUAGAAGCCCUUUUACUAAUGUCUGAAUGGCAUCCUAGGUCUCUCCAUUUCCCCCCAGAAAAUGAUGGAUGGGAUUCGGAUCUAGUAUCGAAGCCUCUUGAGCCUAGAGACGACGAUAAUUUAUCCUCAAAUCGGUGGCUAGAAGAUAUGAUUGAGCCUGCUAGGAGGUCUGACCAAAUGUCAUGGAUGUUGCUUGGGGCUGCUCUGUCCUUAGCCCAUGAGUUGGGAAUCUUUGAAGUUGACGACGAGAAGUGGAACUGCCUUACUGGAUAUGAAGGAUUUACCUCUGGAGAUCAGAUAAAGCUACGCCGACAGCGGGUGCAGCGGUUGCUUUAUGUCUAUAUCAAUCAGCUGGCAUGGCGAAUAGGAUGCGUUUCCCUCAUGCCACAAAGCCUAAAUCAUACUAUUCUAAACCGACAGACAGCCAGAAAUUUGAAGCAAUCCGGAGAUGAAUGGUUAGCAUUUAUGGAUUCAUGGAUGGACCUCACGAAGCUUGCGAAAUCUGUGACCGAUAUGUUCUUUCCUUCUGUUACGUUUGCGAGGCAGCAGCUGCACAGUGGCCGGUAUAUCGACCUGUUGGACCAUUUUCGCCCCCUCCUAGUUAAAUGGAAGGAAGAACACCUCCAAUCUCAAGUGCUUGAGAAACCCUUUUACGACAUCCUUUUCAUUGAAUACCACUUUGUCAGAGCGUAUACACACUCCAUUGGAAUGCAAGCAGUUGUCGAGCGUGUUUUUUCAGAUAGCGAUCCAAACGUUGAAGAAGCGCGUGCUACCAAUGUCGAUCCAAUUGAUUAUGAAUAUAUCCAAGAAGUCAUUGAUGGAUGCUGUCAAAUCCUACAAAAGGUCACCGAAUUAGGCGAGGCGGGAGCGUUGAAAUUCUCCCCAGUCCGUAUAUUCCUUCGAAUCACCAGUUCCUCGAUUUUUCUGAUGAAAGCUCUAAGUCUCGGAUCGCGCCAGGCAAAGCUUCGCGAAUCCCUUGAGAUCCUGGAACGCAGUAUACAGACACUGAAGUGUAACGCACUGGACGACAUCCAUCUGAGCACUCGCUACGCUGCCCUCUUGGAGAUGCAUGUGUCACGCCUUCGGCGCAAUCUGCUGGCAUCGUCGAAAAGCUUAAAAAAUAAUCAUAGCUACGGAUCCACUACAAGAUCUUCAAUGGUGCCGCUGCCGAACACCGAUAACGACGAAGGCAAUACCCCAACCAUGGAAGUCCCUGCCCCGCAAACAGUGCCCGACCUGGGGUUUAUCCCGUCUUUUAACGAUAUUGGUGCGGACGAUUGGCUUUCACUCCCAUUCGAUCCAUCGAUGGCUCCCUUUGGAAUUAGUAGCGGAGGGCAAUUUCCAGCGUUCGAAGGGGGAGGGUUGAAUUUCAUCUGGAAUCUCCCGGACUAAAAUCCGGGGGAGACUUACUCUGUACUCCGUAUAUGUAGAACCCGUACCGGUAGGGCAGCAUAGAAUCCCUGUUUAUCCCGAGGCACUGCUAGUUAAUUGUGAUGGCAACCUCGUAUUGGCAUGCAAAGUUUGUUUGGAGUCGAUGGGAAAUCCCGGGCGU